AUGUCACUGGGACGGAUCUACGACUUCAACGAGGGCAUGAGUUGGUCCACGUGGAUAGAACGUCUAACGUUCUACUGUGAGGCCAAUCUCAUCACAGCACCAGAGAAGAAGCGAGCGGUGCUGCUUACAAUGUGCGGGGAGUCGACGUACGAAACUCUGAAAGCCCUCCUUGCGCCACAACUUCCAUCUGAAGUGAGCUACUCAGAUAUCGUCAGGUGUCUCGCCGAACACUUCGAUCCAAAACUGUCGGAACUUCUCAGCCGAUUCAAAUUCCAUCAGCGUAAUCAAGCGCCGACGGAAACGAUAGCAGACUAUGUUACAGCACUCAGGGCCAUCGCCAGAGACUGCAAUUUCAGUAUUAGCAGUACAGUUUCGACGCCGGCGACAGAUAGGGCAACAGGGGAUAGCCCACCACAGCAACAGGCAAUGACGGAGCAGCCGACACCGCCCACAGCGUUGCCUCUAGACGUCAUGAUGAGAGACCACUUCAUUUGCGGUAUUCGGGAUAAGAACCUGCAGCAACGCCUUUUAGUGGAGCGUGACAUAACAUUCGAUCGGGCUUUCAAGAUUGCUCUCGCAACGGAGUCAGCAGUGAGUCAGCAGAGUCAGCUGCAGUCGGCACAAGAACGAGACCAGGUUAACAUCGUUCGGAGAAAGUCCGCGGGACAUCGGAAGAAGACGACUAAAACACAAAGGUGUGGCCGCUGUUUGGGAGAUCACGAGGCAAAGGACUGUCGGUUCAAGAAUGCCAUCUGCAACAGGUGCAACAAAAAGGGCCACAUUGCGAGAGCUUGUAAGCAGCAACAUGGAGCGCCAGUGGCAGGAGACAGUCAUCACCUUGCUAGUGGGUCGGAUGAUGAGCGGAGUUCAUCCUCCAGUGAGCUCUACCAACUUAACCACGUCGGGGAUAAACUAGGUCGUCCAGACAUUCCCAAAUUCACAGUGACGCUCAAGGUAGAAGGAAAGCGCCUCAAUUUUGAAGUGAAUUCGGGAGCAGCUUGCUCGAUAAUCAGCGAACAGACUUAUCGGGAGACAUGGCCACACAAUCCUCCGGAGCUAAAGAAAAAGACCACUUGUCUACGAACAUGGUCAGGCGAAGGCCUGAGGGCAUUAGGCACGACUCAAGUACGUGUGCGGUUCAAGACGAAGGACUUCAUUUUGCCUCUGACUGUCAUGAGAGGAACUGGAUGUAAUCUUCUCGGACGAGAUUGGUUCAGGCCGCUGAACAUCAGAGUCAGCGGUAUUCGUCACGUUCAGGACUCAAGCCAGCUGCACACCCUUUUAAAGUACGAAACUGUGUUUGUCGAAAACAUCGACGGUCACAAGGGGGCCCCGGUCUCACUGGAGCUGAAGGAGAACGCCGCGCCUUGCUUCCUGAAGGCUCGACCUGUCCCCUUCGCUCUUAGAAGUACAGUCGAGAAAGAAAUCGACCACACGGUUAACCUGAGGACCAAGGCAUCAUCCUACCCGUUUCCCACUACCACCGAGGUCUUCACCAGACUUCGUGGAGGAAAAAUAUUUUCUACGCUGGAUUUGAAACAAGCGUAUCAGCAGCUCCGAUUGACCACUGCGGCUGCGGAAAUUUUGACUGUUAACACGAUUAAGGGUUUGUUCCGGGUGAAGAGGCUUCCGUUCGGAAUAUCGGCAGUUCCAGGAAUUUUCCAGCGGUUCAUCGACACCUUGCUGGCGGAUAUUCCAGGCACAAGCGCUUACCUGGAUGACGUCAUUGUCUGCGGAAAGGACAUAGAUGAACAUAACAGACGCCUGGAGCAGGUGCUCAGUAAGCUGGAAGGGGCGAACCUUCGCCUAAGAAGAGACAAGUGCAAAUUUGCGCUGCCAGAGGUUUCUUACUUAGGACAUCGCAUUGAUGCAGAAGGUCUGCAUCCGACAGACGACAAGGUCAAGGCAUGGCUUCAGGCCCCAUCACCGAAGUCCAAGCGUCCGAACUGA